UCACUUCUCUAAAGGCAGAUCCUUUGAAUUGUGCCUUCAAGAUCUCCGCCUGCUGCCGCUCAGCCGGGGAAUACAGACAGGAUGUGGACCAGAUUUUUCUCUUUAUGAAUUCAGGCAAACGACAGGACUCUGCAUUACAUCCAGACAGGUACCAUGGACAACAAGGUCCCGGGGGUAUUUGGGAAUGGGGAGUCCUUUCCAGCCCAGCCUCUGAUGCAGAAAGAACCUCAGGAUGGGGACAGUAAACACCUGACAGAAAGGGGGCAGUGGAACAACAAGAUGGAGUUUGUGCUGUCGGUGGCGGGGGAAAUCAUCGGACUGGGCAACGUGUGGAGGUUUCCGUACCUUUGUUACAAAAACGGCGGAGGAGCCUUCUUCAUUCCAUAUCUCAUCUUCCUCUUCACCUGCGGGAUACCGGUCUUUUUUCUGGAGACAGCGCUGGGUCAGUACACCAGCCAGGGGGGUGUCACAGCAUGGAGGAAAAUAUGCCCCCUCUUUGAAGGAAUAGGCUACUCGUCUCAGGUGAUCGUCAUCCUGCUCAACUUCUAUUACAUCAUAGUCCUGGCCUGGGCUCUCUUCUAUCUCUUCAAUUCCUUCACAUCCGACCUUCCCUGGGCUUCCUGCAACCACACCUGGAACACAGACAACUGCCUGGAUUUUCGCAGCAGCAGUAACACCACUCAGAACAUGACCGUGAACAGAACUUCCAGCGUCAUCGAGUUCUGGGAGAGGCGAGUGCUGAGUAUAUCAGAUGGCAUUGAUAACAUCGGCAGCCUACGCUGGGAGCUCGCCCUAUGUCUGAUGCUGGCCUGGGUCAUCUGCUACUUCUGUAUAUGGAAAGGGGUCAAAUCAACCGGAAAGGUUGUAUACUUCACGGCGACCUUUCCUUACCUGAUGCUGAUUGUCUUACUCAUCCGAGGGGUGUCCCUGCCAGGGGCGCUAGAGGGCAUCAAGUUCUACCUGUACCCGGACCUCAGCAGGUUACAGGACCCACAGGUCUGGAUGGAUGCUGGGACGCAGAUCUUCUUCUCUUUCGCCAUUUGCCUGGGGUGUUUGACUGCUCUGGGAAGCUACAACAAGUACAACAACAACUGCUACAGAGACUGUAUCGCUCUAUGCUUCCUCAAUAGUGGCACCAGUUUUGUGGCUGGUUUUGCCAUCUUCUCCAUCCUGGGUUUCAUGGCAGAAGAACAAGGGGUAAUGAUCUCUGAAGUGGCAGAAUCUGGUCCAGGAUUGGCCUUCAUCGCAUACCCCAGAGCUGUGUCCAUGAUGCCGUUCUCACCACUCUGGGCCUGUUUCUUCUUCAUCAUGGUGAUUCUCCUGGGUCUGGACAGUCAGUUUGUCUGCGUGGAGAGCCUGGUCACCUCCCUGGUGGACAUGUAUCCCAGCACCUUCCGCAAGAAAAACCGCCGAGAGCUCCUGAUCCUGGUGGUCUGUAUUUUCUCCUUCCUCAUCGGACUGGUCAUGAUAACCGAGGGCGGCAUGUACGUGUUCCAGCUGUUUGACUAUUACGCUGCCAGUGGAAUGUGUCUGCUAUUUGUCGCCAUCUUUGAAACGCUCUGUAUUGGCUGGGUAUACGGUGCAGAUAACUUCUAUGAUAAUGUGGAGCAUAUGAUUGGCUACAGACCUCUGCCCAUCAUCAAGUAUUGCUGGCUGUUUAUCACGCCCGCCGUGUGCCUGGCCACCUUCAUCUUCUCGCUGGUGAAGUACACCCCUCUUCAGUAUAACAAGCGCUACACAUACCCGUGGUGGGGAGAUGCUGUCGGCUGGCUACUAGCGCUGGCUUCUAUGGUUUGCACCCCUCUCUGGGUGUGGUACAAGGUUUCAACACUUAAAGGACCAAUAGUUGAGAGAUUCCGUCAGCUCAUCUGCCCGGACCCAGACCUGCCUCAGAAGCCUUUACAAGACCAACAGACGCAGCCAACAGCCAUACCCCAGCUGGAGGAAUCUCUGUGCUAGAACAUUGCACAAUGUACUCAGCCGCUGGGCACAGUGACAUACAUACAGUGUGGUGCCGCCAUGUGUGUCGUGUUUACAUGCAUACAUGACCUACGUGUGUGCUGGGUGCAUACACAUGCCAGGCCUGUCUACACAGCUGUGUUUCUCUGGAUACUGGUCACAUCUUGAGGAUAUUUGCACAGUCUGGAACUGACUUUGCGAAACGCGCACAGUGUUCUAGAACAUUAUACAUUCUAUUCAUGAAAACCUUUAUUGCACUUCUGCGGCAUGUCACAACCCAUUUAAUAGCUGAGGAACCCUUCACCCGGACUCGUAUGGAUCUGAGGGGCGACUGGAGUCUCUUCUCUUGUAACAUUCCCACCUGCAAAUGUUGUUAUAUAUGAUACAUAAAAUAUAUAAUGUAAAAAAAAAUGGCACCAGUUGUAACGUAAAAGCAGCACUACCACUUACAUAAAAGAUUUGAUUAAAUGCCUCUCCCCCUAGAUGGAGAGUAGAGCAUGCUGCUGCGUUUCAGCAGUGGGGGUUUGGGAAAGGACAUAUCACAAGCCACAUCUCUUGUGAUUGGUCCUCCCUCAAACACUCUCCCCCACAGCUUACAUGGUAAAGUAGAAACAAAAUUGAUUUGCCGGUUCUGUACCGCGACUCUGUGUGCACACAAUCAGGACAUUUGCAGUGUGACUUGGACUCACGCGCAGUAGAGCAAAAGAAUCAUUCAGUGCACUGUGCAUCAUGGUGAUAAAUCAUUCAGUGCACUGUGCAUCGUGGUGAUAAAUCAUUCAGUGCACUGUGCAUCGUGGUGAUAAAUCAUUCAGUGCACUGUGCAUCGUGGUGAUAAAUCAUUCAGUGCACUGUGCAUCGUGGUGAUAAAUAAUUCAGUGCACUGUGCAUCGUGGUGAUAAAUCAUUCAGUGCACUGUGCAUCGUGGUGAUAAAUCAUUCAGUGCACUGUGCAUCGUAGUGAUAAAUCAUUCAGUGCCCUGUGCAUCGUGGUGAUAAAUCAUUCAGUGCACUGUGCAUCGUGGUGAUAAAUCAUUCAGUGCCCUGUGCAUCGUGGUGAUAAAUCAUUCAGUGCACUGUGCAUCGUGGUGAUAAAUCAUUCAGUGCACUGUGCAUCGUGGUGAUAAAUCAUUCAGUGCACUGUGCAUCGAGGUGAACAAUCAUUUAGUGCACUGUGCAUCGUGGUGAUAAAUCAUUCAGUGCCCUGUGCAUCAUGGUGAUAAAUCAUUCAGUGCCUGUGCAUCGUGAUGAUAAAUCAUUCAGUGCACUGUCCAUCGUGGUGAAAAAUCAUUCAGUGCACUGUGCAUCGUGGUGAAAAAUCAUUCAGUGCCCUGUGCAUCGUGGUGAAAAAUCAUUCAGUGCCCUGUGCAUCGUGGUGAUAAAUCAUUCAGUGCACUGUGCAUCGUGGUGAUAAAUCAUUCAGUGCACUGUGCAUCGUGGUGAUAAAUCAUUCAGUGCCCUGUGCAUCGUGGUGAUAAAUCAUUCAGUGCACUGUCCAUCGUGGUGAAAAAUCAUUCAGUGCACUGUGCAUCGUGGUGAAAAAUCAUUCAGUGCCCUGUGCAUCGUGGUGAAAAAUCAUUCAGUGCCCUGUGCAUCGUGGUGAUAAAUCAUUCAGUGCACUGUGCAUCGUGGUGAUAAAUCAUUCAGUGCACUGUGCAUCGUGGUGAUAAAUCAUUCAGUGCACUGUGCAUCGUGGUGAUAAAUCAUUCAGUGCACUGUGCAUCGUGGUGAUAAAUCAUUCAGUGCACUGUGCAUCGUGGUGAUAAAUCAUUCAGUGCACUGUGCAUCGUGGUGAUAAAUGGAUCAGUGCACGGAGGCAGCUCAGGAUAGUUUGACUUGUGAGGAUCAUUGGUUGGAUAGUCAGAAAAAACUUACAGUAUACGGCCAGCAUUAGUUACACAUUGAUUGGACUUAACCUGUUUUCUUUGGUAGCAUUACUACAUUCUGACACAAAACUGCAUCCGCAAAAUGUAUUUGGUAUCCUAGAGUACACAGUGCAGUUCUCCAUUAUCAUGUCAUUAAACGUUAUUGAUUUAUGUAA